AUGAUGAAUUUGGGCAGAAGCUUAUUAUAGUUAUAGAAGAAAUCAAAAUGUAAAUCUUUUAAAGCUUUUUCCUUAAUUUGGCACACCCAAACAAAAUCACAACAGUUGGAUUCAACGGUCAGUCCUUUUCUCGGGAAAAAAGAGAGAACUUUCCAUUUCCUCCUUUUUUCCUUUCUUUUUCUCCAUCCCUCUUCCCCCUUCCCCCUCUUCCUCACCAUCAUAAUCCAUCUCAAUUCCCCCUAAGUGGGGCUAUUGCUGACUUGAUUGAUUGUAUCUUUAUCUUGUAACCAAAGCUUGCCGCAUUGAAUUGGGGAUGGGAUUGUCAGCUUUGUAUUGCAAGGUUAAGAACUACUUUAUGCAUCGAUUUUAGCCUUUUUGGUAUUCAUCGAGUUAUGAACCUUGUGGUAUCCUAGAGAAAUUGUUGGGGAAAUGGCUGUAGACAAUACUUCACACGUACAAAGGAUUUUGAAGGGGUUUGCAACCGUCCUCAAGUCCGCUGCUUGUGAAUGUUUUCUGAUUCUUCUGUUGUUUGUUGAUGCUGCCUUAGCAUACCUGCUGACAAGAUUUGCGCAUUAUUGUGGAUUGCAAUCGCCUUGCAUUGUAUGCUCUCGGCUUGAUCAUGUUUUCAGAAAUGAAGAACCCGGAUAUUAUUGGAAUCUAUUUUGCAGCAGGCAUAUAUCAGAGAUUACAUCGUUGAUUUCCUGCAACAUUCAUGGGAAGCUGGUUGAUGGUCAUAGUGUGUGCGAGAAUUGUCUCUCGUCACACAUUGAGGAAAACAAAUCCACCUCAGAUAUGCAGAGGGUUUCUUUAGGAAACUUGGGGUUUGAUCCUACAAGUUUUGGAUAUUACGAACGUUGGACUCCAAGACCAAAUGCCCAAAGAUUACUCCCCGUAAAAUCACGUGAUGUUGCGGUUGCAAAUCCAAACAUUAAUUUUCCAUGUCACAUAAAGUGUCAAAGUGGUGCAAAGAAGAUAACUGAUAAGUCUUGUACACCAGCAGAGACUCAUAUCGGAAAAACUGGAUUUGAUCCUUCCUCUCAUGUUGGAUUCACUGAGCUGAAGAUCACUUCUGAAUCGGAGCAUGAGAUUCCAUCUUCCGAUGAUGAGGUUUGCAAUUGUAUGGUUCCUGAUAUGAACGAGAGUAAAAAAAUAUCUCUAGUUCACUCUGCUCCGGAAACUCCAUCUAAAAGAAUGUACAACAAUUUGGCUAAAUUAAAACAGCCUGAUUGUGACGGUAAAGUUCAGCUGGCUGAACAGAAAUCCAAUCGUUCGGUUUUGCCGGGGCUUAUUUCUCUAGAUGGUAUUCCUGCAUCAUCCUGCCUUGAGAAAGUUCCAAGUUGCAGUGCUUCGUUUCUGUCUAAUCUUAUUUCUCUAGUUGAUAACCCCAUUUCAGUUGAUGUUACAGAAAAUCCUCACGAAACAUCAUUGGGCAAGUGGACAGAUGUUACUGAAGCAAAUAAAAAUGAAAGUAUUUCUAUCAACAAGAAUGACAAAACCUUGAAGUCGAUAAGCACAUCAUCUCGAGCUGGUUUUGAAACUGAUCGAGUUGUAGAUGAUAUUGCUGUGGCACAUCUAACGGAUGAGGAUCCAAGUGCUGUGCAUACGCCACCCGUCUUUGGUGAAGAAAAAUGUGCACUUGGUAUGGAAGAACCUAUGCUGACAUAUAAUAAUGGAGUUAUCAAAGAUCAGUCGUUGCAAGGUCAGAAUUCUUCUGGAGAAGGGAAUCAAUUAUCAUUUAGCAAUGUAAGUCCUGGGUUGCAAGGUGAGGGAAUUCAUUCACAAGGUAAUUGUGACAGCGAUGACUUUGAUACAACUGAUGAAUCCAAUCCUUAUGGGGUUCAGAGUUUUGAUAACCACUUUACACAACGAAGUGACUUUGGAAGCCUUGAAUCUUUGGGUGAAAGCACUUUCAAUGAAAUUGAAGGUGAAGAUCCAGUUGACAAGCUGAAGCGGCAAAAUGAGCAUUAUCGGAAGUUCGUGAAAGACUUAUUAAAGGAAUUGGAGGAAGAAAGAAAUGCCUCUGCGAUAGCCGCCAAUCAGGCCAUGGCUAUGAUUACAAGGUUGCAGGAAGAAAAGUCAGCACUCCAGAUGGAGACCUUGCAUUACCUAAGGAUGAUGGAUGAGCAAGCGGAUCACGAUGGAGAUGCUCUGGAUAAAGCUAAUGAUCUUCUGGCAGAAAAGGAGAAAGAACUACAAGAUCUGGAAGCAGAGCUUGAAUUUUACAGAUUAAACUUGUCAGAAGAAGUACUGAAGGGGACUUUACCCGAGGCAAGCAUCAACAUAAACGAUGGACAUUCUUCGACGGAGAAUCCUAUAGCCAAAUCUGCAUGGUCACAAUUUGAAAAUGAGAAGUUGUACAUUUCUGAGUGUCUGCGAGAUUUGGGGAGGAAAGUUACCACGUUUGCUCAUCACGGUACUUACCCACACAUUUCUGAUGGGGAAUACUUUGAUAAAGAAGAAAACAGAGACCAACAUCAGCAAGAGUUCGUUGAUGAAAAGGAUAAAAAUGCAAAUCAUGAAGUGGAAGGUAAUGAUAUACCAGUGCAGAAAGCUUCAUCAGCGUUGAAUGGAAGUGUUCCUUCCGAAGAUUGGUCAAGUACUUCAAUAAGCAAAGAUCAAGUUGUUAGUAAAGGAAACAGUGAUUCGGUUUCCAAUGGACAGAAGGGUUCCGAGGAUUCCAAUGAAACUGGUUUGGCCAGUCUUGAAAAUGAAAUUUCCGACCUUAAUGGUAGGUUGGAAGCACUAGCGGCUGACUCUAAAUUUCUUGAAGAUUGUCUAAAAUCUCUUCAAAAUGGAGAUGAGGGGCUGCUUUUUAUUCAAGCAAUAUUUCAAGAGUUGAGAGAGCUGAGGAUACUUGGGUUAAAGAGUAGGAGCAUGUAUGUUUCAUGAGCUUUAUCUGUAUCAUUACAUGAUGCAUCCGAUUGAGGGUAAAGUGGCCAGCAUGAAGUUUGAUUCAAAAAGUUGCAGCCUUGCAGGAUCUCAGCUUACCACGGAAUCGUGAAUUUACCCGGAUCAGGUUUUACGCCCUAGCCACCUAUGUUUAUCCCUUCUCUUUAUUUCUUUUAAAGUAUCCAUAUUCGAUACACGUGUGACACACAUAUUCGAGUAUGGGU